AUGCAUACGACAGCCUCGGUACUCCUUCAGACCCUUGCCGAUGCAGGCGUCACACACGCGUUCGUGAACUGGGGAAAUGACCACUGCGCGAUACUCGAGGACCUCGAACAGCAGCGCGUCGAGCGCGGGGACACAGCGCUGGCAAUCGUGACGUGCCCGAACGAGAUGGUCGCGCUCAGCGCCGCCCAGGCGUUUGCGCAGGUUGCGCGCAGGCCCGCUGCGGUGAUCGUGCAUGUCGAUGUGGGGACCCAGGCCCUCGCUGGUGCAGUGCACAACGUCGACAAGGGCCAGACACCCGUCAUUAUCUUCGCAGGCGCGUCCCCGUUCACAGUAGAUGGUGAACUCAAGGGAUCAAAGAACGAAUGGCCAAUGUUUCCUCAAGAUGCGCCCGACCAGUCGGCGGUCGUGCGUCAGUUUAUGCGCUUCACCGGGCAGAUCCAGAGCGGGAAGAACGCCGCUAAGAUUAUAAUGCGCGGGUUCCAAUUCGCGACGAGCGGGCCAACAGGCCCUGUCUAUCUUUGGGCUCGCCGUGAAAUCCUGGAGGAGGUGGUGGACCAAUCUGCCUUCCUGACGAAGUCCCAGGUCGCCAAAUGGCCCUGUGUCGAGCCAUCUGCGCUGUCCCCACUCGCGGCGAGGACCAUUUCCGAAGCCCUGCUGGAUGCGACCUUCCCCAUGGUUAUAACGGGCACGUCAGGGCGUAACCCGGGCACUGUUCCACUGCUCGCAGACCUCUCCAAGUUCCUCGCGAUCUCGGUCUUCGACUCCUGCCCGCAGGCUCUCAACAUCCCAUACAGCCACCCGUACCUCAUCGGGUCCUCAUUUGAGGGACGCAACCCGCACCUGCAGCACGCAGAUGUCGUGCUGAUCCUCGACGCGGUCGUCCCGUGGAUCCCCGAGACGGGCACCCGCCUGAGCAACAGCGCCCGCGUCUUCGUUAUCGCAGCGGAUCCGCUGCAGCGCACCACAGGCUAUGCGCACGCGGACGCGGAGAUGGUUUGCGCGGCAGAUGCGGAGGUCGCGCUCACGCAGCUGCUCGAGCUCACGGCGCUCGCGGCGAAGCAGGUAGGGGAGCCGUACCAGGAGCGCGUGCAGGUGCGGGCUAUCCGCGCAAUGGGCCUGCACGCGGAGUGGUUGGGUGCGCUCGCUACCGCGGAGAAGGCCCUUUCACCCAACGGGACAUCGCCCACCGCCGCGUUCGUGCUUGCGACCCUGCGCAAUGCUGUGCAAGCCCAGACUCCCAGCCGUGGGGAGAAGGUGCUGUGGCUGAACGAGGGGAUCAGUCAUUGUGGACAUGUGUGGGCGCAUAUCAAGCCUGAGGUUCCCGGGAACAUGAUCAUGUCCGGAGGAGCUAGUCUAGGGUGGUCUCUCCCCGCUGGCGUCGGGUCGCAUCUUGGCGCGAAAGCCACGGGUAAGGAAUAUGAACUUAUUACUGCUGUCAUGGGAGACGGCUGCUUUUUGUUCGGCAUCCCGAGCACGUCGUUCUGGAUGGCCAGGCGGUAUGAGACGCCUUUCUUGACCAUAAUCCUGAACAACGGUGGCUGGGCUUCGCCCAAGCACUCUAUGAUGAGUAUGCAUCCAGACGGCCAUGGAAGCAAGGCGUCUAUGCGCCAGUUGACCGUCGGCUUUGGCCCGGAAAUGCCGGAUUACGCUGGGAUUGCAGCCGCUGCGGGUGGUGCAUGGGGCCGACGUGUGCAUGCUGCGACGGAGCUCAAAGCGACCAUCGAGGAGGCAAUCAGAGUGGUUAUAGACGAAAAAAGGAGUGCAGUCGUGGAUUGUAUCAUUGACGAAAUCUAA